AUGUUUAUCUCUCAUUGGAUGUCAUUCUCUGCAAGCUUUUCUUAUCUAACACUCUUUAUUUCAUUGUCCUUCUCUUUCUUUUCAUCAUAUUUUACACCUUUUCCUUUCUUUUUUCCUUUUCUUUUUCCUCUGUGUAUUCUCCUUUUAUCAUCUGUGCACUCUCUUCCCUGCUCUCGCUAUCUUUUGUUCUUCUCUGCUCCCUAUAUCUCUUCCCCUUUUCUGUUCUAUUCUCCUUCUCUGUUCUCUUCUCCUUCUCUGUUCUCUUCUAUCCCUUCCCCUUCUCUUCUAUCCCUUCUUCUUCUCCGUUCUUUUCUCCUUCUCUGUUCUCUUCUCCUUCUCUGUUCUCUUCUAUCCCUUCUCCUUCUCUUCUAUCCCUUCCCCUUCUCUUCUAUCCCUUCUCCUUCUCUGUUCUCUUCUAUCCCUUCCCCUUCUCUUCUAUCCCUUCUUCUCUCUGUUCUUUUCUCCUUCUCUGUUCUCUUCUCCUUCUCUGUUCUCUUCUCCCUUCCCUUCUCUUCUAUCCCUUCUCCUUCUCUGUUCUCUUCUAUCCCUUCCCCUUCUCUUCUAACCCUUCCCCUUCUCUGUUCUCUUCUAUCCCUUCCCCUUUUCUUCUAUCCCUUCCCCUUCUCUGUUCUCUUCUAUCCCUUCCUCUUCACUUCUAUCCCUUCCCCUUCUCUUCUAACCCUUCCCCUUCUCUGUUCUCUUCUAUCCCUUCCCUUCUCUGUUCUCUUCUAUCCCUUCCCCUUCUUCUAUCCCUUCUCCUUCUCUUCUAUCCCUUCCCCUUCUCUUCUAUCCCUUCUCCUUCUCUGUUCUCUUCUAUCCCUUCCCCUUCUCUUCUAUCCCUUCCCCUUCUCUGUUCUCUUCUAUCCCUUCCUCUUCUCUUCUAUCCCUUCCCCUCCUCUUCUAACCCUUCCCCUUCUCUGUUCUCUUCUAUCCCUUCCCCUUUUCUUCUAUCCCUUCCCCUUCUCUGUUCUCUUCUAUCCCUUCCCCUUCUCUUCUAUCCCUUCUCCUUCUCUGUUCUCUUCUAUCCCUUCCCCUUUUCUUCUAUCCCUUCCUCUUCUCUGUUCUCUAUAUUACCUUUCCUUCUCUGUCCUCUAUUUCUUUUCUUUAUUUGGUCUCUAUCUCUAUCUCUCACCUUUCUGGGCUCUCUCUCCCUUCUUACUUUUGGAUCCUUUUUUUUUUUUUUUUACCUAUCUCAACUCUUUCUCUCAGCUUCUCUUCCUUUCACUUCUCCCUCUCAACUCUCUUCCCCUUGUCUUCUCUCUAUAUCUUUUCCCCUUCUCUUUUCUCUAUAUCUUUUCCCCUUCUCUUUUCUCUAUAUCUUUUCCCCUUCUCUUCUCUCUAUAUCUUUUCCCCUUCUCUUCUCUCUAUAUCUCUUCUCUUUCUCUGUUCUCUAUAUCUCUUCUCCUUAUCUGUUCCCUGUAUCUCUUCUUAUCGUACCUCAACUUCUUUUCUUCUCUACCCCUCUCUAACAUUUCUUCUUUUCUCUUAGCUCCCUCUUCUCCAUCUCUUUUUUCUUUUCUUUCUCUCUCUCCUUUUGUCUCUCUCUCUCCUUUUGUCUCUCUCUCUCUCUCUCUCUUUCUCCUUUUGUCUCUCUCUCUUUCUUUUCUUAAUCUUUGCUCUCUCUCUCUCUCUCUCUCUUUCUUUUCUUUCUCUCUGCUCUCUUGGCUGUUUUUCUCUUGUCUUCCUUUCUCUCUCUCUCCACCCUUUCUAAGUUCACUUACUAUACACACUUUCUCUCUGAUCCCUCUCCUUGCUCUCUGCUCACUCCCCUCCUCUCCUUCUCCCUCUGUAAUCCUUCUGAUCUCACUACUUUGGUUUUCGACAUUCUCACUCUUCUCUCUGCUUCUAUUUUUUGUUUUCUUUUUCUUUGUUAAUUUUUCUCUCUUUUUCUAUUUUACAUUGUUAUUUUUGUCUUUCUCUUCUUUUUUUAUCAUUUUUCUUUUCCUUUUCUUCUGUCCCUCUUCAGGACCACCAACUCCAGCACAGUCACCCGCCAAUAACAACUCCUCCAUCUAUUUCCAAGAUCUCUCUGCUCCCCCACGACUCAUUUGCCACCCCUUAUCCCACCCUUUUCAGCCCCACAAUCUGUGUGUCUGUCCACCCAACUUACUUUACACACUAUGUCUCUCCCAUCAGUUGAUGUGUACUCCUCUUUCUCGAAAAUGGACUUGUGCAGAAAAUUUCCUCUCCACCCAAUUUCCACACUAUUCGCCCCUUUUUGUCCACCUUAGUCACCACCCUCCCUUGCUCUCACUCUCAGAGUUUCCUCUGUUUGACAUGCCCUACCCUCCACUGUCUCCACCACCCACUAAUUGCUUGCACUGUCAUCUACCUUACUUAUUCCAUCCCAGCUCUAACACACCUUCUCUCCAAUUCUCCCUCCUUGUCUGUCUGUCUUUCUUUACCUGA